AAAAUUGGUGCUUUCAGCUUGAAGGUCAUGCUCUGGCCCUUGGGGAAGGCAGUAGUAGUGCAGGAGGUUGGAGUUGGUAUAUGGAGAUUUCUUUCUGCUGCUCAGUUCUUCUGCUCCCAUGUGAGUGUUCUCCUUGGGCCCCUCAAGGGUGUCCCUGUCCCAGCGUGGGCACCUCCACAGAUCUGAAGGCAGUGGUUCUGCUGACACAAAGGCUGCAACUCUGAGCCCUAUUCCACCAGCGGCUUCCUAUCCUACCCUGUGCCUUAAACAUGGAAACUGUAGAAGUGAAUAGUGUAUCCUUGAAACGUCCUCGCUCUGAGGAUGAUGUGGCCAAUGCAGAUGAAAUUAAAAGACAGAAGAUCUUGGAGAAGUCCAAGGCAGAGAACGACUCUGGGCAGAGCAUUGAGAAUGUAACAGAACAACCCGAGGACACGAAAAGUGAAAUAAUCCCCACAGAGGAAAGUGAGGAGCAGGAAGAGGAGGAACUAGAGGAUAGUGAUGAAGAUGGAGAUCCAGAGAGCUUUGCAGACAUGAUGAAGCAUGGACUGACAGAAAGCGAUGUUGGCAUAACUAAAUUUGUUAGCUCUCACAAAGGGUUUUCUGGAAUCUUAAAAGAGAGAUACUCAGACUUUGUUGUCCAUGAAAUAGGCAAAGAUGGACGUGUGAGCCAUUUAGAUGACUUUUCUGUUCCAGUGGAUGAUGAGGACCCAUCAGAAGAAACAUUUACAGUUUUGUCAGACGAAGACAAGCAGCGUUUAGAGGAGCUCCAGCUUUUUAAGAAUAAGGAAACUAGUGUUGCCAUAGAGGUAAUUGAGGACACCAAAGAAAAAAGAACCAUCAUCCAUCAGGCUGUGAAGUCCUUGUUUCCAGGACUAGAGACUAAAACAGAAGAUAGAGAUGGAAAGAAAUACAUUAUUGCUUAUCAUGCUGCUGGGAAAAAAGCAUUGGCAAAGGUCAGAACUGCAACAGAUCCAAGAAAGCACUCUUGGCCAAAAUCUAGGGGAAGCUACUGCCAUUUUGUACUGUACAAGGAGAACAAAGACACUAUGGAUGCCAUCAAUGUCCUGUCCAAAUUUUUAAGAGUGAAGCCAAACAUAUUUUCCUACAUGGGAACUAAAGAUAAAAGGGCUAUAACAGUUCAAGAGAUCGCUGUUCUCAGAAUCACUGCACAAAGACUUGCUCAUUUGAAUAAAUGUUUGAUGAACUUCAAAUUAGGAAAUUUCAGUUACAAGAACCAUCCACUGAAAUUGGGAGAACUGCAAGGGAACCAUUUCACUGUUGUUCUCAGAAACAUAACAGGAACUGAUGAGCAGAUAGAGCAAGCAAUGCAUUCACUCAGGGAAAUUGGAUUUAUUAAUUACUAUGGAAUGCAAAGAUUUGGAACCACAGCUGUUCCUACUUAUCAAAUUGGCAGAGCUAUUCUACAGAACAACUGGAAUGAAGUAAUGGAUUUGAUAUUAAAGCCACGACCAGGAGCUGAAAAGGGAUAUUUAGUGAAAUGCAGAGAAGAAUGGGCAAAGACUAAAGAUCCAGCAGCAGCCCUCAAGAAACUGCCUGUAAAAAGGUGCGUGGAAGGACAGCUUCUACGUGGACUCUUAAAGUAUGGAAUGAAGAACAUAAUCUCUGCAUUUGGCAUAAUACCAAGAAAUAAUCGUUUAAUGUACAUUCACAGCUACCAGAGUUAUGUGUGGAAUAAUAUGGUGAGCAAGAGAAUAGAAGAAUAUGGGCUUAAAGCUGUACCAGGAGAUCUCAUACUUAAAGGAGCCACAGCUGUUCACAUUGAAGAAGGAGAUGUUGAUAACUACACUAUCCAUGAUGUAGUGAUGCCAUUGCCUGGAUUUGAUGUUAUUUAUCCAAAGCAUAAAAUUGGUGAGGCCUACAAGGAGAUGCUGGUAGCUGACAACCUUGAUAUCAACAACAUGAGGCAUAAAAUCAGAGAUUACUCACUUUCUGGAGCAUACAGAAAGAUUAUCAUUCGGCCUCAGAAUGUCAAUUGGGAGGUUGUUGCAUAUGAUGAUCCUAAAAUCCCAUUAUUUACUACGGAUCUGGAUAAACUGGAAGGAAAACCAUUACCAGUUCUCCCUACAGAUGGCAAAUUCAGGGCACUAAAGAUGGAGUUCUCCCUUCCCCCCUCCACUUACGCUACCAUGGCGAUUCGAGAAGUUUUGAAAAUGGACACAAGCAUAAAGAACCAGACACAACUGAAUACGACCUGGCUGCGCUAAAUGAACUGCAGAAUGACUUCAUUUUAACAAAGUGUUUUCUUAUUUACACGUCCUGUACAAAUCUUUAAAGAGUCACAGUAAGAGAUUUGUAUUUUUUUAAGUUUUUUAGUGCUAUCAUUUAACUUCAGUAGUCCUUUGCAAGAUGGUGACUGUAAUAUAAUACAGAUUUUAGUGACUGGUGCUUUUUACUGAAUGAGUAAGUUACCUGAGCUGUAACAUGGGUGCAUCUUUAGAAUUGUGCUUAUAAUGGCAUUAGACUUGGAAGAAUGUUUAGCUUGCUUUCUUUGGGCAAGCACUGAAUGUUUUCAAGAGGAAGACUUCAGCCACUCUUGAAGUCUUUUCAAAUAUAAUGCAUUACAUGGGGAAAGAAGAAUUACAACAAAAUUAAGAUACUGAUGAACAUAUGUAUUGCUGGAGUUUUGCUGGUAGCAUUUGCACUGAUCUGGUAGCAGAUUCUGUUAGCAAGGCUUUUGUGUGCUGUAAAGCUGUACAGCUCUUUUAAAUAGUUCGACUUUUCAUUGAGAAAAUACUUGUAUUUUCCAGCUAAUACCUGUACUAAAGAACAGGUACUAAAAAUAAACUAACCUGAAACUCUGA